AUGAGUUCAAACAAUGGAUGCGGCUACCUCGGGGUCUCCGUCCAUUUCGAACCGCGCAAAUUAACCAUCGCCUUCCAAAACGAGUUCCAGGCAAUCAAGUCCUACACUCUGGUGAAGGACAGGUCCUUCACAAAGGACAUGAACCUCGAUCCAUCACAACACCGCCGCUACGUGUCACUACGUCUGCCGUCGCGGGUGACAGACAUUGUAGCCAGCACGGCCUGCGGCGGGUUUUACCUACAUUUCUGCGACGUGGACGUUGCGAAGGGCUGGCACAAGACACUCUUGCUGUGGAAGUUCGUAGAUGGAAGCUCGACUGAUCUGUAUCUUGCGAGAGACAUCUCACAAUGGUAUCUCCGUCAUAUUCUUGGUAUGGAACCAGACGUGCCGCCGCCAAACAUGGUGCCGGGAAAGGCCGACGAUAGCAAAACGAAUACAAAUUGCUAG